CCGCUCCCCUUCACACCUACUCUUCUCUUCUUCGUAUUUUUCUUCUAUGUGGCAAUGGGUACUCCGGAGGAUCCCAUCAAGUGCUCUUCAAAGAACACAAACUGCACCGUCACAAACACAUAUGGCAUCUUCCCCGACCGAACCACUUGCGAAGCAGCACGAGUGUUUUACCCCUCAACAGAAGAAGAGCUCAUGCAAGUGGUAGCAUCGGCGACUCAAAACAAAAGGAAGAUGAAAGUUACGACACGUUUCUCCCACAGCAUUCCCAAGUGGGUAUGCCCUGACGGCCAAAACGGGUGGCUAAUAAGCACUAAAUAUCUGAACCGGGUUUUGAAGAUUGACACUGAAGCAAAGACAAUAACGGUGGAGAGUGGCGUGACAUUGAAGGAACUUGUGAAUGAGGCUGCAAAGGCAGAGUUGGCGUUGCCGUAUGCUCCUUAUUGGUGGGGGUUGACAAUGGGGGGCAUUAUGGGCACGGGUGCUCAUGGAAGCUCGUUGUGGGGGAAGGGAAGUUGUGUUCAUGAGCAUGUGGUGGAGGUUAGAAUUGUUAGACCCGCAGGUCCUGAAGAUGGAUAUGCUAAGGUUCAUACACUUAGUGAAGACGAUGAAGAUCUCAAUGCAGCAAAAGUGUCACUCGGCUUGUUGGGGGUCAUUUCACAGAUUACAUUGAAACUGGAACCUCUUUUCAAGCGAUCCAUUACCUAUUUGACCAAAAGCGAUUCGGAUUUGGGAGAUGAAGCUGCAGCAUUUGGACGCGAACAUGAGUUUGCAGAUAUAAUUUGGUACCCAAAUCAACAUAAGGCUGUAUACCGUGUUGAUGAUCGUGUCCCCAUUAAUACAUCAGGCAGUGGUAUCUAUGAUUUCAUCCCUUUCCGUUCCACUCCUUCACUUGAAUUAGCACUCGUGAGAACCACAGAGGAAUUUCAGGAAUCUGUUAGUAAUGCUGACGGCAAGUGCUUACUUGCAAAGACAGCGACGAAUUCCCUUAUGGCUACUGCUUAUGGACUAACUAACAAUGGUGAAACUUUCAGCGGAUUCCCAGUAGUUGGAUUUCAAAACGACCUUCAAGCAUCUGGGUCAUGCCUAGACAGUGAUAAAGAAGCAAAAAUCACAUCGUGUCCUUGGGACUGCAGAGUCAAAGGAGAGUUCUUUUACCAAACCGCUUUUAGCAUUGGCUUGUCUGUGGUAAAGAAUUUUAUUGAAGAUGUUCAAAAGUUAGUUGAAUUGGAACCAAAGGGAUUUUGUGGCAUAGAGAUCUACAACGGAAUUCUAAUGCGUUAUGUGAAAGCUUCCAGUUCCUACUUGGGGAAACAGGAAGCUGCUAUAGACUUUGACAUCACAUACUACCGUAGCAAAGACCCAAGGACUCCUAGGCUUUAUGAAGACAUUAUUGAAGAGGUUGAGCAGUUGGGAAUUUUGAAAUAUGGAGGUCUACCUCAUUGGGGUAAGAACAGGAACGUAGCAUUUGAAGGAGUAAUCAACAAGUACAAAAAUGCAGAGAAAUUUUUUAAGGUUAAAGAUUCGUAUGAUUCACAAGGGCUAUUCUCUAGUGAGUGGACAGACCAAGUUCUUGGUCUAAAAGAAGGGGUAACAAUAUCAAAGGAUGGAUGUGCAUUAGAAGGUCUGUGUAUAUGCUCUCAGGACAAUCAUUGUGCACCAAACAAAGGCUACUUUUGCAGACCAGGCAGAGUCUACAAGGAAGCCAGGGUUUGUACUCGUCUUGGAUCUUAA